GCUUUUCGGAAACUGUCAAAAGAUAAAGGUGUGACGUGUUAUGAUUUAUUUUCCAGAGAUGCAAGAAUUACCUUUAGUAAUAUGCUACAUAAUCAUAUUUCAUACUAUAAUUUAUACCAUAGUUUCAGAAGGUCGUUAAUACAGGAGGAAUAUGUGUUCAGUUUUGUCUGCAUGGUCUAUUUGGAGGGGCCCACAAGUGAUCGAACUGUACGAAGGUGGUUUCAAAAAUUCCGUAGUGGUAAUGAGAGACUUGAAGAUGAAGAAGGUAGAGGACGGUCAUGUAGUUUUGACAAUGAAAGAUUGAAAGCAAUUGUUGAACAAAACCUACGUCAAAGAGUCAAAGAAAUGUCUCAGGCACUUGGUGUCGGUACUGCAAUGGUUUCACGCAGUCUGAAAAACAUUGAUGAGGUGAAAAUGCUCGAUUGA